AUGUCUUGCACAGAAUGUGCAAAAAUCAAGUAUUUACUCUCGAAAAAGGCGUUCUCCAACCAAACCCUACUACAAGAUGUGUAUGGGCAUGGACUGACAAACCAGAAAAACUAUGAGUACCAUGGUAUCGUAUCGCUUGGUACUCCUCCUCAAGAGUUUCGAGUGAUUUUUGAUACUGGAUCUCAUAUGUUAUGGGUACCAAGAGUUGGAUGUAAAUCCACCGGUUACUUCGUUGAGAAUUGUAAAAGUAAUGACAGUAGUAGACUGUAUGAUCCUGAAAUGUCAACGACUUCAGAAGUCAUGCAGAAGAAGUUUGAAGUUGUGUAUGGUGGUGGUGAUGCUAGUGGGAGCUUUGUUCAGGAUUAUUUUGCUGUAAGUAUUCGUUGGGCUAAUGCGUAAGUUAAGGCAUAGUCCGGAGAUAAAAUUGAGGGUUUAAACUAUGACAGACUAAAACAUUGACUAAUUGUGUAACUAAGGCUAAAGCUUAGGCUAGAGCAUAAACUAGAACUGGAUCUUAUUCUAGGGCUUUAGACUAAAUCCAGGGUUAAUGCUUAGACUAGGACUAAAAUCAAGGCAAGGGCUUAGACCAAGUCCAGGCUUUAGAUAAAAGAUUAGGCUAGAGUGGCUUUAGGUUAAUUCUCUCGUCUAAGGCUAGGCCUGGGCUAAAAAUCUGAACUAGGGCUCUGGACUAGGGAUCUGGGCUAGAGCUCUGGACUAGGGCUCUGGGCUAAGGCUUUGAGCUAGAAAUCUGGGCUAGGGAUCUGGCCUAGGGCUAAAAAAUCUAUUUUGAAGUUUUAGUUUGGCUUAUCAGGUUCACCGUUAAAAUUGUCAUCUAAAAUAACAUUUGGAGCUGGUGAGGUAAUGCAUGUUGAUGAUGACGGUGUAUUAGGCUUGGCUCCAGAAUAUUCAAACCAACAAGGAACUUCUGUAUUUCAAACAGCUGUCCGAGAAGGGCUAUUUGACAAACCGAUUUUUACAACCUAUCUUAGAAAAUGUCAUAAUGACCAAUGUGAUGACGGUGGAAUGAUUAAUUUAGGCGAUAUUGAUGUAGACAACUGUGAGCCUGUAGAACACUGGGUCAAUGUUAAGGAAGGAAGUGUCUAUUGGGAGGUGGAAAUGAACGGUAAUGCCUACCCUACCCUACCCUACCCUACCCUACCCUACCCUACCCUACCCUACCCUACCCUACCCUACCCUACCCUACCCUACCCUACCCUACCCUACCCUACCCUACCCUACCCUACCCUACCCUACCCUACUCUACCCUACCCUACCUAACGCUACCCUUCUGUGAUAUUACUUAAUCUUACCCUGGUUUUGCCUUGUCCUAUUCUUAUAUUACUUUGCUCUAAACGGAUAUUACCCUGCCCUAUUUUGUUUUUAUCUUGCCUCACCCUGAUUUUACCCUGCCUUACUCCAAUUUUAUCUUACUCUACCCUGUUUUUACUUUGCUCUAUCCUGAUUUUAUACUGCCCUUACCUACAUAGUCAAAUUAUUUUUUCAGCGGUAUACCUAAACGGCCAAUCCCUAUCACUAUCCCCAAUAUCAGCCGUCUCUGAUACAGGAUCACCUUUCAUCUACGCUCCAAAAGACAUCUACUACAACAUCGUGAAACAACUCCAAGCAACAGAUAUCAAUGGUCAUACCAUGGUAGAUUGUGAUCUUACCGUUGAACUGGUCUUUCAAAUUCCAUCCCAACAUUUGGUACUAACAUCAGAAGAAUUGGUACUAAAGGUGGACUGGAGUGACAAAUGCUUGCUAGCCAUUUCCAAAGCCAAGUUUGAUUUCUGGGUCAUUGGAGACCCAUUCAACCGAGCAUACUGUAUUGUACAUGAUGUUGAGAAGAGGACGCUUGGGUUUGCCAAAAGUGUUCAUAAUGAAGGAGGUACCAUGUUUAGGGUCCAAAAGAUUUAA